GGGGCUGGGGUAGGCAGCAGUGAAACGGAAAGAGGAAAACAUCAGUCAGGCCCAACGCGACCCCAAAAACAGAAUGUGAGGGGGAAAAAUGCAAGUGGCAAACGAAAAUGUUGCUAAAAAAGUAUGUGAAAACCCGACGCAAGGUGAAGAUUGUGCUGCUGCUGGCGAUUGUGGGUCUGCUCGUAAUCACCAUCAUUGUACUGGGCUCCACGGGCCGCAAUGCUGCCAUUGAGCUGCUGCUGGACGAGCGAUUUAUUGCACGGGCGUAUCGGCCUGGUGACAAGCAGCCGCCGCAGAAGUUGCAGGAGCAAAAACAGCCGGCUGCGGUGGGUCUGCUCCAGCCGCAGCGGGAGAAUGGUGUGAUUGUGCCGGAGAAGUAUGAUGAGCAUAAGAUCAAGGCGCGCAUCAUACAGAGCCGACUGGACCAGAUCAAGCAGCAACAGCAGCACGACCACGAGGCCGAGCAAUCCCGCACCACCCUAGAGGUGGCCACGACAGCCGUGCACAUUUUCUACACGGCCCCAGUGCCCUGGUACAAGUCCAAGAAGCCACCACCACCGCCCGCUGAGCAUCCAUACGAUGUGCCCCUGACGACAACACCCAAGGCGGUGCGAAUACUCAACACUGCCUUUUACCCGGCUCUGGGUCUGUACAAGCCCAGCGUCUCGCUGCUCUCCCAGCACUUUGAGAACAUACGCAGCUGCGGCAUUGGCGUGCUCAUACUCAGCUUUACGGGCAGCGGCUCGGGCAAGCCGGCGGAGACGGCUCUGCUUCAUCAGAUCAUUGACCUGGCCCCGCAGCACAAUCUGACUGUGACCUUUGAGCUAAGCGUGGCCGGGAAUCAGAGUGUGGAGUAUGUGCGCCAGCAGCUACAAGAGAUUGCGACCUUUGCCAGCCUGCCUGGUUUCUAUCGGGUGUGGAGUCAGUCGAGAGGGGCCGCCAUGCCCGUUCUGUAUGUGAGUAAUGCCUACAAGCUGAGCGACAGCCUGGGACGACUGCUAUGCCGCACACCUGCCCAAGUGGAUCCCGAUGGACUGAGGCGAGUGCUGGAUGGUUUCUUUAUAGGUCACAUAAGACUCAAGAGUCAUGCGGAUGUGAUGCGUCGGCUGUGCUUCGAUGGCUUCUACAGCAAACUGCCCAGCAAUGGAGCUGUAUUCGCCAGCACCUGGAAGAACUGGUCAUAUCUGAAAUCCUAUGCCCAGUCCUACAAAAUGAUGUUUGUGCCGACAGUGGGUCCCGGGUUCGCGGAGAGAAAUAAGUUCCCUCGGCAUGGGGACAUACAGAGGCAUCGCAGCAAUGGACGCUAUUAUGGCGUAGCUUGGCGUUCGGCCAUACUCAAUCAUGUGGGAUUUAUCAAUAUAGCGAGCUAUAACAAUUGGCCUGAUGGCAGCCAGAUUGAGGAGGUGAUGCCGCGUGCCGGUUUUCUUGACUACAAUCCCGGUUCGCGGACCAAGUACUUGGAUCUCACGGCCCAUUGGGUGGGAAAUUUUCUAAAGACGCGCCAGGAGGCGGCGGCUGCAGCAGCUGCCCCCGCCUCGCCACAGAACUGCUAUGAGCUCCUCAAUGGGACAAUUUGCUAGGGUUCGUUCACACGAAGAAAUCUUCCAUAUAUGGAUAAUACUAGUGCAAAGUCGGUAUUUACUUUAGAAGCAAUAUAUAUCUAUAGAUUGCAGGAAACACAAUUACUUUCCAAAUCAAAAAUACAUAGCCAUAUAUCGGUCAACUAUUACUUACAAUUUAUAUACACAUACAUAUAUAUAGAGAGAGAUCAAGCAAUAUAUCUUUAAGUAGUGGUUAGCAAUUAGUACGGACUAUGCUCAAAUUAUAUCUAAUAGCUAGAAGAGCCACAACAUUUUUUGGAAACUUUAUUAGCUUUCGAUUAUUGUAACAAUAAUAAGAGGACGGGACGAAGGAAGGAUGAAGAAACAACAAUAUCAUACACAUAAUGCCAUGCCAUAUUAUAUAGAAAAUCAAAUGAAUGAACAAAUUAUCUAUGUUAUAUCGGGAUAUAUACUAAAAACACUUGUUAAACAAUUGGUACUUGACAAAUUUUAACUUUAUUACCAGUAAAAAUAUAUUAUUAAAUUACUUUAUCU